AUGGAACCUAGAAAUUUUGACCCUAGACACUCUGGAGAGUUAUUGAAGCAUAUGGAUAAGCAGAAUGAGAUCCUUAAGGAAGCACAUAGAUCAAUGUUGCAUGAAUUGCAAAAACUUCAGGUGGAAGAAGAAAUGCUUAUGCACAAGCUACAUGAAGUUACGUCAGCUCAUGGUCUCCCUAAAAAGAAUGAUGGCAAUUCCAAUGUUUUUUAUAAUAGUGGAGCUGAACACUCCAAUAAGGAAGUCAAUGGAGCGAAUGAGAAACAAUGA